GCCGUGGGUGGGGGCGCUGCGCUCGCCUCGCCUCCCUCCCUCUGGGCGUCCUGCCGGGGGUGUCCCUGCGCUCGCGGUUGGAAUGGUGCUGGCGCCGGCGCGCGGUGCCCGCGUUCCCCGGAGAGAGCAGCCCGAGCGGAGGAGCCGCCGCGAUGGAGAUGCUGCUGCUGCAGCCGUUGGGAUGUACCAAACUGUGCCAGCAGAAACCUCUGGAUCUGAAAGAUGAUAAUACUGAAAAACACUGUCCUGUUACAGUGAAUCCUUGGCAUAUGAAGAACGCUUUCAAAGUUAUGAAUGAAUUAAGAAGUCAAAACUUGCUGUGUGAUGUGACAAUAGUAGCUGAAGACAUGGAAAUUGCAGCUCAUAGAGUUGUGUUAGCAGCUUGCAGCCCAUACUUCCAUGCUAUGUUUACAGGUGAAAUGAGCGAGAGUCAGGCAAAGAGAGUUCGAAUAAAGGAAGUUGAUGGAUGGACCCUUAAGAUGCUCAUUGAAUAUGUUUACACUGCUGAAAUUCAGCUUACAGAGGAAAAUGUACAGGUACUUCUCCCGGCAGCUAGUCUGUUGCAGUUGCAGGAUGUAAAGAAGAGCUGCUGUGAUUUUCUGGAAACCCAACUUCAUCCUGUGAACUGUUUAGGCUUUCGCGCUUUUGCUGACAUGCAUGCAUGCACAGAUCUUCUGAACAAGGCCAACACUUAUGCAGAGCAGCACUUUACUGAAGUUGUACUUUGUGAGGAAUUUCUGAACCUCGAUGUAGAACAGGUGUGCAGCUUAAUAUCCAGUGACAAACUUACAAUAACGUCCGAGGAAAAGGUGUUUGAAGCGGUGAUCGCAUGGGUCAACCACGACAAAGAUGUGCGACAGGAGCUCAUGGCACGCCUGAUGGAACAUGUCCGCCUGCCAUUGCUCUCCCGAGAGUAUUUGGUUCAGAGAGUCGAAGAGGAACCGCUUGUUAAAAACAGCAGUGCGUGUAAGGAUUACCUCAUUGAAGCGAUGAAGUACCAUUUGUUGCCACUUGAGCAAAGGGCUCUGAUGAAGACCACACGAACAAGGCUGCGAACACCAGCCUGCCUUCCAAAACUGAUGGUGGUGGUCGGAGGACAAGCACCCAAAGCCAUCCGCAGCGUGGAGUGUUACGAUUUUAAGGAAGAACGGUGGCACCAAGUUGCUGAGCUGCCUUCUAGAAGAUGCAGAGCAGAACCUUCUCUUUCAGGAGUGGUAUACAUGAGCGGUCUUGUCUUUGCCGUUGGUGGUUUCAACGGCUCCUUGCGGGUUCGUACGGUGGAUUCAUAUGAUCCCGUGAAGGACCAAUGGACAAGUGUUGCUAGCAUGCAAGACAGAAGAAGCACUUUGGGGGCUGCUGUAUUAAACGGACUUCUGUAUGCUGUGGGAGGAUUUGAUGGAAGUACAGGUCUGUCAUCAGUAGAAGCCUAUAAUAUGAAGACUAAUGAAUGGUUUCAUGUAACUCCAAUGAACACAAGGAGAAGUAGUGUUGGUGUAGGUGUAGUUGGAGGUAUGCUGUAUGCCGUCGGUGGCUAUGAUGGUGCAUCACGUCAGUGCCUUAGUACAGUGGAGUGUUAUAACUACAGUUCAAAUGAAUGGAGCUAUGUUGCAGAGAUGGGCACUAGACGUAGCGGAGCAGGUGUCGGUGUCUUAAACAACUUAUUGUAUGCAGUAGGUGGUCAUGAUGGUCCUUUAGUCAGAAAAAGUGUUGAGGUGUAUGAUCCCACCAUCAACACAUGGAAACAGGUUGCAGAUAUGAACAUGUGUAGGAGAAAUGCAGGGGUUUGUGCUGUCAAUGGGCUCUUAUAUGUAGUUGGAGGAGAUGAUGGUUCCUGUAACUUGGCAACAGUGGAAUAUUAUAACCCUACAACAGAUAAGUGGACGGUGGUAUCGUCAUGUAUGAGUACAGGAAGAAGCUAUGCAGGUGUUACAGUUAUUGACAAGCCAUUGUGAGUUGGUGCAAAGAUUUCUCCCUACCUUGAUUAUGCACUAAAAGCAAGCUUUAACAAGUGAUGUCGAAGUGAUUGAGCAUCAAGUCACUUCUUAACUUGUAGCGCAUUGAGACAUGUUGGAAGCUGUGGCCUGCGACAUUUAAGGAUGAAAAUGAAGAUUAUUCCAGUUUGAAGCAAUGUGUAGCAUUAUUUGAUGUAAAGCUGCAUCUGACUGAGAUGUAGCUGGCUGUGUUGACUACAAUUUGUAUUUGCUGGGUUUCUGGACAAAAUUCCUUAAGGACCAAUCAUGUGUCUCAUGGUUGACUAUGGAUUUUUUUUUUAAAGUAAAAGAUAGUGUGCCCUGGUGUCUUUUUUCCAAAGAAAAAAAAAAUCAACUGCUGGUUUUUGGAAGAAUAUUGAAUCCCAGCUCAGUACUACAAGCUGGCACAAGAAUCUGGAUGCUUUUAUAAAUCAUCUUUGGUUACAUUACUAUUGUGUGCAUAUUUAAGUGUGUGUGUAAGUAGACUUUCUUUAUACUUGUUUGGAACUUGAUGAUACUAUUUAUAAUCUGCACGGAACUUUGAAGUUUGCCAGUACUAUGUUGUAAAACAGAGGUGUAUAUUUUGAUAUUUACCAGUGCUUUAACAAAUGCCACAGAAAACAUACAAUACAAUGCUCAUGAAACAAGUGUAAUGCCAAAAUGUUUUAAACUAAUGUAUUGGUGAUCUCUAUUUACCAAGAUCUAUUUUGUUAUGUUUUGGUGUAUCUCUCUUAACUCUGUCAUAAGGGUUAAUACUUGGCAUGGGCAUAAUGGCAGGUUUAUAAUGAAUGUAUGGAGCUCUGUUUUACUUGCAUGGCAUUUAAAACUAUUCCUGUGUAAACUAGCUGCUAUUAAUUAUGUACUUCCUGUAUGUGAAAAUGUUUGUAAACAAACAAACAAUCCCUGGAUGCUUUAAAGAUGACCAAAACUAUUGUCAUUUUGACUUCUUUUAUUUUAAUAAAACUUUGCAUAUUUGUUUUUCCUAAA